CGAUAUGAUCGUUACGGCGGAGGCCAACAAUCUGGUCGAUUUGGAGGUUAUGGCAAUGUAUUUGGAGAAAUUGGCCCUUACGGUAUUCCUCAGACACAAGCUUCUUUUCCAUACAAUAUGGCUCCUUAUGGCAUGUACGGUCAACAGUAUCCCGCUAACUUUCCAAACAACUCUCAGUCAGCUAGUAAUGCCCAACAGCAACAGCAACGACACGGUGGUCCAUUUUCUCCAGUAGGUUCUCCCAUUGGUUACCAAGGUUAUCCUGCUCAAUUUGCACAAUUUGGGCAGCAACCCAUGCCCGGCUCUGGUGCUGCUGGUAGUGGUGCUUAUGGCUAUCAGGAUCGACCUCAACAACAUCAUUCAUCAUCCAACUCAUCGAAUAGCGCAGGCAACACCACACAGUAG